GGCUAGUCACUUCCUGAGCAGUAAUCUGCCUGUUUGCAGCAGAUAGAUCUUCAUUGUUUGCCACUUCCAGUUUCCAGUAAUGGGAAUGAUUACUUGACCAGUAUCUAGCCAGUCUGUAGCACACAGUCCUGAAACAACAUAGCCACUCUGUUUCUGCAACAGCAAGGUCACGCUUCUGAAUUUUCGUAUCUGGGAAAGAAACUGAAAAUCCUUCAUGAUUGAAGGUCCUUGACAAAGGGAUCUACCAGAGCUAAUGAACUUUUCCUCAUUCUGGAGUUUCAUACCUUGAUUCCAAUGACGAGAUGUAUUGUGUUUUGCUGUUGAUCCUCUUACAAUGUUGCAAGCUGAAAGCUCAAGAUGGCGUGUUCACCAUCCAAAAAGUUACACUCUGGGCUAAUCCCCCUGACCAGGUGCAGAAUGGAAAACCACUCACCCUCAAUUGUUCUGCAGAUGUCAUUAAGAGUGAACACUUCAGACUGAGUUACAUCUUUUCAUUUUUCAAGUACAACAAAGUUCUGUUCAACAGCACAUCCGAACAAGCCUGGGCACAGUAUACAAUCCCAAAGGCUCGGUUUUCUGAUUCAGGAGAAUAUGACUGCACGCUGAGAGCAGAGGGGAAAAUAAAGUCCAGUGAUCCUGUGACUGUUAAAGUGAAAGGAAUAACGAAACCAAAACUGACUGUUCAGAAAGAACAAGUGAUGGAAGGAGAGAAAGUAUCUUUACGCUGUGAAAUACCAGAAGAAAAACCUCCCUUUUAUUUCACAUUUUAUAAAAUCCAACAGUCUGCAGUUCCACAUAUAAAGAACAGAACACAGGGACCAGUCAAUGAAAACUUUGCUGACUUUGAAUUUCCCAUUGAGGCAGGGGACAAGAUUUUGCGAUUUGAAUGUACUGUCAGAAUGAAUUCAGUGACAGGCCAAGAAAUGUCAGAGCCCAGUAACAGAACUAUAGUUACUGUUGUUGAACCAUUUACCAAUCCAAUUAUAACAAUCCACCCACCACAAAACAUUACAGAAGGAGAUAAAAUUGACAUUGAAUGUACAACUGUCCUGGGUUCUCAGGGUCAAACAGAGAUCUUAAUCCAGAAGAACAGAACCAUCCUUAACAGCACAAAGGGAAAAGAGAAAGUGACAUACUCCAAAAUAGCCACCAUGGAAGAUAAUGACAACUACACGUGCAAAGCGGAACUGGGGAGCGUGUCCAAAACCAGUGUAGCAAAUGUGGUGGUGACUGAACUGUUUUCCAGACCAGAACUGAUUGUUCAAAAACCAAACUUGGAUGAAGCCAGCUUGUUAGUAGUACAAUGUCAGGUUAAUGGGCCUCAAUCAAUAGACAUCUUUCUCCUGAAGAACAAUAAAGUAUUGAGAAACUCCAGUACCUAUAUGCACAGAGCCCAGGUAUCUGAUAGUGGAGCCUAUCUUUGUAGGGCUGAAGUAAAAGGGAUUGUCAAGGAGAGUGACCCAGUCUUGGUACGUGUUUAUGCUCCGGUUUCCAAGCCAGUCCUUUCCCAACCAGUUUCCCAAGUUGCAGUGCUGGGGAAGUAUUUUAUUUUAUACUGCAAUUCCUCACAAGGAACUCCACCUAUAAUAUAUACUCUCUACAGAGGAAAUGUGUCUGUUAAGAACAAGACUGUGGAAGCAAAAAAUAAGGCAGCAAAGUUUGAGGUUCAAGCAAUGGGUAUGCAUCCUCUAGAAGAAUACUCGUGCCAUGCUCAAAAUGGUCAUUCCCGUACAGAAAAAAGCACUGGGUUAAACAUUACAGUGAUAGCUCCAGUUGGUAAUGUGAGUCUUGGACGACUUCCAGAAGGGGAUGUGGAAGAUGGCCAAGAGCUUACACUCCUUUGCAGUGUUAGUUCAGGAUCUUUUCCUAUCGAGUUCCGCUUUUUUCGAGAAGAUAAUGCAAAAUCCUUACAUUGGGUAACAGAAGGGAAAAAACACAGAGCUUUUUGGCACAGGACGGGAAUCACAAGUCAAGACACAGGGAGGUACUUUUGCAGAGCUGACAAUCAAGCAAAAUCAUUUGUAGAAAGCAAGAAGAUUGCUGUCAAUGUCGUUUUGGCUUCAUGGAAGAAAUGGCUCGUUGUGACAGUUAUGCUGAUUCUUACUGGGAUUGCAAUUGGAGCUUUCUGGUGGUUCUGUUCUAAGAAGGCAAAGGCUAAAGGCAAUUCUUUGGAGCUGGCUAGUUCUAUGCCAGCAACCAAUUCAGUGGGUGAGAAGCUGACAUCAGGACAGAAUAAUGAAAGAGAAUUCUUUUAUGGUUAUAAUGAAGAUGAUGAAAAAAAUCACAUCAACUCAAAAGAAGAGAAUAAAGGAGCUGACCAUGAGAACGCUGAGGUGGAAUAUACCGAAGUGGAAGUCUCUGUUCCUGAUCCUUACAGAGCUCCUGUGGCAAAGAAGAAUGAGACAGUUUAUACUGAAAUCAGAAAAGCUGUUAAUGAUGCUGAGGAAAACAGGCAUUCUAGAAUAGAAGAUUCUCCUGAUGGGACUUAGAAAGCCUGACAACAAACCUGAGUGAAAACAAGAUGGAAGAUGUUCCACCAGUUCCAAACAUUCUGCAGCAUUUAGGUGCUUUCAGAAGUCACAUUCUGCUUGAGCUGUUGUUGGUAACCCCUGUGGGGUCAACCUGACAUUCAUACAGUAUUAUUGCUGUUCAGCCAUUGCAACAGAGUGAUGUACGCUCCAGUUUUUUGUUCUGUAUUUUCCUUAGUGUCACACUAAUCAAACCAGUGCGUGCACUGCCAUCUUUCUUGAGUUUUUUGUUUGUUUGUUUGUUUGUUUUUUUAAUCCUAGAAGCACUUAUGGAGAAAAAAUAAGCCUGCCAAAAUGUCUGCCACCUUUCUUGUUUUUCUUUUCUUUUAAUCCUUCAAGUAAUCAUGGAGAAAAGAUAAGCCUGCCAAAAUGUGAAACAACAUCUGGUCACUUCCCUAUGUUCCCUAAAGACUGUGUAAAGCAGUCUGGCAAUUUAUUAGUGACAGAAAUGCUUCUGGUAGCAAUACAUGAGAGUUCUUUAUUAUUCCUGUAUUUUGCACAUAGCAUCAUUCAUGAGGAAUAGCCUAAUUUGUGAAGUACCAUUAACAUCUAGAAUGUAAUUUUGCAUCCUCCACGGAAUGCUUUAUUGCUACAAGUUGAGACUCUCUUAUCCAGAAUUCCAAAAUCUGAAAUAUUCUAAAAAGGUGAGAUGGGCGCGUUCCAGACGCGCCAAUAGUAUGUGCUUGGCAUAUACUAGGGUUACAAAAGGGUGUCCUUUCCGGACGCCCUAACCCUAGUACGUGCCGAGCACAUACAAAUGGCAGCGCCCAGGGAACUGCAGCAGACAAACCAUGCGAUUCCUUGGCAUAGCAAAAAGAACCCAUAAAAAGCGGGUCUUUUUGCGGCGUGGUAAUGAUGCUGCAAGGCACCAAUGGCGCACUUGCGGCAUCAUUUUGACGUAGCGGAUGCUUAGCGUCCACACAUUGCGGCAUGGAAAUGAUGCCGCAAGU